GGGGCGGGAUGGAGGCGGCCAACAUGGCGGCGGCGGUGGUCCGGGGGACGGAGCCGCUGCUGGAGGCGGAGCUGGGUCCCGGCCCCCCCGACCCCGAGCUGGAGCUGGGGGGGGACGAGCUGGUGCUGGAGGACGUGGAUGUUCACAUUCAGGCCAACCUGGAGGACGCUCUGGUGCAGGAGGCCCUGAAGACAGGUGUGGAUCUGCGCCAAUACUCCAAGCAGGUGGAGCUGGAGCUGCAGGGGGUGGAACGCGCCUCCAUCCGCGACUACAUCAAAGAGAGCGAGAACAUCGCGUCCCUGCACAACCAGAUCACCGCCUGCGACGCCAUCCUGGAGCGCAUGGAGCAGAUGUUGGGCUCCUUCCAGAGCGACCUGAGCAGCAUCAGCUCGGAGAUCCGGACGCUGCAGGAGCAGUCGGUGGCCAUGAACCUGCGGCUGCGGAACCGCCGCCUCGUCAGGCUGCAGCUGGGGCAGCUCCUGGAGGAGCUCGUGGUGCCCGGGGCCAUGAUCAGCACCAUCCUGGAAGCCCCAGUGACGGAACCAGAGUUCCUGGAGCAGCUUCAGGAGCUCAACGGGAAGAUCAACUCCGUGAAGGAACAAGCGUUCCGGGAGACCGUGGCCUGCGCCGACGUCCAGCACAUCCUGGAGAAGCUCAAGAUCAAGGCCGUCACCAAGAUCCGCGACUUCGUGCUGCAGAAGAUCUACUCCUUCCGCAAGCCCAUGACCAACUACCAGAUCCCUCAGAACACGCUGCUGAAGUACAGGUUCUUCUACCAGUUCCUGCUGGGCAACGAGCGCACGGUGGCGCAGGAGCUGCGGGAGCAGUACGUGGACACCAUGAGCAAGAUCUACCUCUCCUACUUCAAGUCCUACACCAGCCGCCUCAUGAAGAUCCAGUACGAGGAGGUGGCGGAGAAGGACGAUCUCAUGGGCGUGGAGGACACGGCCAGGAAGGGGUUCUUCUCGAAGCCGUCGCUGCGCAGCCGCAACACCGUGUUCACGCUCGGCAACCGCGGCGGCGUCAUCGGCGCCGCCGAGCUCGAGGCACCCGUGCUCGUGCCCCACGCGGCCCAGCGCAGCGACACCAGGUACCCGUUCGAGUCGCUGUUCCGCAGCCAGCACUACGCUCUGCUGGACAAUUCCUGCCGGGAAUACCUCUUCCUCUGCGACUUCUUCAUGGUGGCGGGGCCCAGCGCCCAGGAGCUCUUCAACGCCGUCAUGGGCAAGACCUUGGCCAUGUUCCUGAAGCACAUGGACACGUACGUGAGCGCCUGCUACGACGGCAUCGCCGUGUUCCUCUGCAUCCACAUCGUGCUGCGCUUCCGCAGCAUCAUGGCCAAGAGGAACGUCCCGGCCGUGGAGAGGUACUGGGACACGCUGCUGGAGCUGCUGUGGCCGCGCUUCGAGCUCAUCCUGGAGCUGCACAUCCAGAGCAUCCAGGGCACCGACCCGCAGCGCCUGGGCUGCCUCGACACGCGCCCCCACUACAUCACGCGCCGUUACGCCGAGUUCUCCUCCGCCAUCGUCAGCAUCAACCAGACCUUCCCCAACGAGAAGACCAACGCGCUGCUGGGGCAGCUCCAGGUGGAGGUGGAGAACUUCGUGCUCCGCGUCGCAGCCGAGUUCUCCUCCCGCAAGGAGCAGCUCAUCUUCCUCAUCAACAACUACGACAUGAUGUUGGGGGUCCUCAUGGAGCGGGCGGUGGAGGAGAGCAAAGAGGUGGAAGGAUUCCAGCAGCUCCUCUCUGCGCGCACCCAAGAAUUCAUUGAGGAGCUGCUGUCCCCCCCGUUCGGAGGCAUGAUCGCCUUUGUGAAGGAGGCCGAGGCGCUGCUGGAGAAGGGGCAGUUGGAGCGGCUCCGUGGGGAGGAAGCUAGGGUGACCCAGCUGGCUCGAGGCUUCUCCAGCACAUGGAAGAGCUCGGUGGAGGCGCUGAGCCAGGACGUGAUGCGCUCCUUCAGCAACUUCAAGAACGGCACCGGCAUCAUCCAGGGAGCGCUGACCCAGUUGAUCCAGUAUUACCACCGGUUCCACAAGGUGCUGGCGCAGCCGCCGCUGCGCUCCCUGCCCGCCCGCGCCGAGCUCAUCAACAUCCAUCACCUCAUGGUGGAGCUCAAGAAGCACAAACCCAACUUCUGAGGGGCUCUGGGGGUCCCUCUGCCUGGCCCCAACGUCGCCGGGCCCCCCCGGCCCCCCCAGACCCCUUUGUCCCCCCCCCCAGACCCCUCUGUCCCCAUCCCUGCGCAUGGAUAAAGGCCACCAGGUACCACAGGGCA